GGCUGCCGAAAUGCCAAACGCCGUCAGAUAGCGGAAAUAGCAGCCACAUUGCAUAGCAGUACCGUAAAUAGUGCUAUCAGUAAUGGCGUUAGUGCUGCUCGCAUAAGGUUUUAUUGACGAAAUCCAGCACGGAGGCCAGCUUUUAUCGCACUACAAGCGCACUCAGGGUUCGUUAAAAAAGCAGUUCUGACGGGAAAAAUUCUUCAGCAGUUUUGACAGACACGCUCUUCGGCAGCUCACCCGUAUACCAAGUUUUGGUUUUCGAUAAGGCUCGUUAUGGAGGGAAAAUGGCUGACUGUGCUGGAAAUCUCGAAGCUCCUCUGCAUAUUCAUUGUGGAAAUUUUACUGGGAUGUUAUUUAAUCGGCUUCACUGUGUGGAAGUUAACACUAGGUUAUGGCAGCCAGCCUGAUCUCCGCUUUGUGAUGUCCAGGGCCCUCGAGCUCAUUGCUGCAAUCAUUCUACUCUGCUCGGGUAUUCUUCGACACUUCGGCAUCCGGCGAUUCCUGUUCGGACCAUCACAGCCUGCCAUGUUCCUGUGGGUCCUUCUGCUGAAUGUUGUCCUACUAGCGCUGGCCAGAAUGGAGGCGUUGUGGAUUGUAGCUGGCCUGGGCUGGAUGACCCUUAGCCAAGAAAAGCUUGUGCCGGCAGAAAUUCUGCGUGCAUACGGUCUAAUUCCGCUUGCCGCAGAUUUUCUGAUUAUACGCAUCUCGUACGACGUCAUACUGGCGCUCGUACGCUUUUAUACGACUAUUGAAAUGGAAAAUGCUUUGGAAAGGGCCGCUGAGCCCCAGCAAACGGUCGCCGAAAGGAAGAAAAGGAAACGGAAACGGCCGCAGAAAAUCGCAUUCCACUGACACCUAUAGAUACACACUGUUCCCAACCGGCUUGCGAAGACGUACAAUCGAAAAAAGCGAACACGAAUAUCGAUUAUGUUAAUGAAUAAUCAGAAUAUAGACAUUGAGUUUCUCCCUGUUUGUCUUUAAUAUCCUAAUUAUAUAUUUCGUUUGGUUUGUGUUUCAAUAACCUCAGCCAUACAGCUAUAUCCAAUCUUUUUAGCAGGUCCCGGCAAAACGCGCUUGUCAAGGUGUCACUAAUGUGCCUGGCACGUUAUUUUCGUAUUGUUAUUAACCUGUUUUGUGGUUUUCCUUGCAUUAAUAAUCAAUACGUGCCGUGUGGCUG